AAAAAUUGACAAUCGGGUGGGGGGAGAGGGGACCCUGAGAUUAUGAUGAACUGUCAAUUGGUAAGGCAAAAGAAGAAGAAGACGGUUCCGUGAUUCAUCGUUUUCGUGGUUCGUUUCUAUGUCUGAUUUCCCCCCUCCCAUGUGGGCUUUUGUCUUUGCUGGCCCUUGUUUUUGAUUUCGUUUGUUUUUUGAAAUCUUUUAUGAAAGUUUCCUUUUUUUUUCUUUGCUUUGGGUGUCGUCGAAGUCGAGAAUCUGAUUGGAAGGCGAGUUUUGAAAAACAAAAGGGUUUGUUCGAUUUUUUGUGUUUGAAAAGUUUGGUUUUUGUUUUUUGGUUUGGUUUAGAGAUUUGAUUGUUUUGUUGGAGAAGAACAACAAACAAUAUGGAUCUUGUCAUUGGUGGAAAAUUUAAACUUGGGAGAAAAAUUGGUAGCGGUUCAUUUGGAGAGCUUUAUCUUGGUGUAAAUGUGCAAACCGGAGAAGAAGUUGCUGUCAAGCUGGAAUCUGUGAAAACUAAGCAUCCCCAACUCCACUAUGAGUCCAAGUUGUAUAUGCUGCUUCAAGGAGGAACUGGUGUUCCUAACCUCAAGUGGUAUGGAGUUGAAGGGGAGUACAAUGUUAUGGUUAUUGACCUUCUAGGUCCUAGUCUUGAAGACUUGUUUAACUACUGUAACAGAAAACUUUCUUUGAAAACCGUUCUCAUGCUUGCCGAUCAGCUCAUUAACAGAGUCGAGUUUAUGCAUUCUAGAGGCUUCCUUCACCGUGAUAUUAAACCCGACAACUUUUUAAUGGGCCUUGGGCGCAAAGCAAAUCAGGUGUAUAUCAUCGACUUUGGUCUGGGGAAGAAAUACAGAGACCUUCUGACCCACAGCCACAUUCCGUACAGAGAAAACAAAAACCUCACUGGGACAGCUCGGUAUGCAAGUGUGAACACUCACCUUGGAGUUGAACAAAGUCGAAGGGAUGAUUUGGAGUCUCUUGGUUAUGUGCUUAUGUAUUUCCUUAAAGGGAGCUUACCCUGGCAAGGAUUAAAAGCUGAGACAAAGAAGCAGAAGUAUGACAGAAUUAGUGAGAAAAAAGUAGCAACUCCUAUAGAGGUAUUGUGUAAAAAUCAACCGACUGAGUUUGUUUCGUAUUUCCGUUACUGCCGGUCUCUACGGUUUGAGGACAAACCUGAUUACUCUUACCUUAAGAGGCUAUUCCGGGACUUGUUUAUUCGAGAAGGUUAUCAGUUUGACUAUGUAUUCGACUGGACAGUUCUUAAGUAUCCUCAAAUCGGUUCCAGCUCUGGUUCUAGUCCACGGACACGGAAUCAUCAAACAAGUGCAAAACAGGGGCUAACUGCUGCAGGACCUUCUCUCGAGAAACAAGAGAGGACUCCUGGAAAGGAAAUCCGAGAGAACCGUUUCUCAGGUGCGGUUGAGGCUUUCUCUAGAAGGCAUAUGACAACUUCUACUCCGCGUGAUCGCUCGAGAAACUCCGAUGAUGGACCUUUGUCCAAGCGUUCGCAUGGUGGAGACUCGGAAAGAUUACGUAGUUCCUCGAGAUACGGAAGCUCAUCAAGGAGAGCAAUUGCUUCAAGUUCUCGUCCAAGUUCUACUGGUGGACCGAGCGAUAUGAGUCGAUCAUCUAGCCGUCUGGUCACUUCAAGUGGCGGAGUGGGAACAGGAGGAAGUAACCGUGCAUCAUCGACAAGCCAGAGAAUCCAAUCAGGAAAUGAAUCCAAGACUUCGACCUUUUCUCGUGCUGCUAGAAACACUCGGGAAGAUCCAUUGAGGAGGAGCUUCGAGCUUCUCUCUCUCCGAAAAUGAGACCCGACAAACACAAAAAAGAAAAGAAGCAAAAAAGUCCAUUAUACAUACGAACAAACGAAACGAAACACACAUAAUCGUAAGAGAGAAUCUGAGUUAAGAAUAUACACAUACGGCCAUGUUUCAUAUACGCUGCUAUAUAAUUUCUUUAUGUAUAUGUAAAAAAAACAGUUUUAGAGGACA